GGCUGAUAGAAGAUUUUUCUAUUCGAAAGUACGAAUGACAGUUGACAUUAUUGUUCCAGAGCGAUAUACGAUUCUCAGAUAAGAACUAGUGCUCGUCAACAAUUGUUCGCGAACUUGCAGAAAGCAAAUUGCCUCGAUUAUCGUGCGAGAAUGACACAGGAGCUGUCUGGUGUGACUAUAGUGAUAUUUAUAGCAGCGGGUGUUUUGACAAUAUUGUUACUAUUCAUCUUCGCGAAACGGCAGAUCAUGAGGUUCGCUUUGAGAUCUCGUCGGGGUCCUCACAUUCCUAUAGGACACGACGCGAAGAAAUCCUUGAAGAAGGAAAUAGAAAGAAGAAUAGAAGUGAUACCUAGGAUCCAAUAUGAGCCACAGUUGAUUAGCGAUCCUAGAUAUAUUUUGACUCCAGGUGGACAAGCUCCACCGCAUUAUUACAGAUUAAAAGCUGUUGACGAUGUUAAAACUUUAGAGACAGAGAUCACAAGGUACGACAAUUGUCUAAAGAGACAUCCUUCGGAAAAUCUGAGGGCAUACUUGCUCACCACACUCGCUACUCCAUUAAAUGGAAGCGGUCAGCGUUUAAUUCACCAGUUCUGUGAUUUGUACGAACAUGCGAGACACGACCCUACAGAAUUUGGUGACGAAGAGUAUCAAGUGUACACUCGCUUGUUUUUGAAAUUAAUGGAUGCGGCACGUUUAUUAAAAUCAUAUCCAAGCAGCAGAAAGUCCAGUCCUAGUCGCACGCCAAUCAAAAAGAAUGUGGAGACAAAGAGAAAUAUUUUGGAACCCAGGAUGCGUCCGCCCGAGGAACAAAUUCUAACUGGUUCGAGACCUAAUACUUUAACAGUAAUGACAUUAGAUAAUAGCGAGACGUCCGUGUAGCAUUAUGAGUGCCGUCACAUACAACAUAUGUGACGAGGAAAUUGUAGAUAG